AUGCUCAAUGAUUACGAGUCCUCGAAACGAGGACACGAUAACUCCUACCUGAUCAAUCGCUCUCGAGUCUCGGCUGUGAGCACAAAGGAAAACGCGAACCUCGCUUCGACCCCCACUUCUCGAUCUCAAAUAUCUGAGGACAGGCUUGACUAUAUCCAAUUAGAGAAAGAUGUCCCAGUCCUCGUUGCUGCCGUCGCCCAAGCGGCGGUGCCUAGUUGGACAAGCAUGAUUCUCAUGGUCUCUCUUAUAUUCGGAGGCUGCUGUGCCAAUGUCUUUGCGCUAGAGGCGAUUAUCAAAGAACAGCCCACUGCGGGUCCCUUAAUAACCUUCGCUCAAUUCGCCAUCUGCGCCUUAUUCACUAUCCCAAGCUUCCUAUCCCCCUCAGCCGGACCACAAGCCCUAUUCCUGAACCCACGCGGUAUUCCACUACGCUCAUGGGUGAUAUAUACCGCCUACUUCGUGAGCGUCAACCUCCUCAACAACUGGGCCUUCGCAUACAAGAUCUCCGUCCCACUCCACAUCAUCCUCCGGUCCGCAGGCCCCGUCGCCUCAAUGGUAAUCGGCUACGUAUACAACGGCAAGCUUUACUCCCGUGGCCAGAUCGCUUCGGUAGGUUUGCUGACGGUGGGCGUGGCGGCAGCCGCCAUGGCUGACGCGCAAUCCAAAGGUGUAUCUAUCCACGUCAACUCUGAUGCGGCGGACACAAUGACGACCGUGAUGGGCUUCACGAUCCUCGCGCUUGCGAUGGUCCUCUCUGCGUUCCAGGGAAUAUACGCCGAUCGUCUAUACGCGACUUACGGCAGGGGUCAUUGGAAAGAGGCGCUUUUCUACUCGCACGCGCUUUCUCUGCCGCUUUUCUUGACGAGUUGUCCGCAGUUGCUGGGUCAGUGGCGCGUGGUGGCUUCGUCGCCUUCUUUGCUGUCGCAUUUGGAUUCGGACUUGUGGGUGUCGAAGAGUGCGGUUAGGAGCACUGUUUUCUCGAUGCUGGGGUGGAUCUGCCAGGUUGAGGCCGUGGAGGCUUUGCUGGCGCAUCUGCCAGUUCAGGUGGCAUUUCUGGCGAUGAAUGCACUAACGCAGUACCUGUGUAUCCGCGGAGUUCAUCUUUUGUCGGCCAGGUCGUCGUCGUUGACUGUUACUAUUUUCCUGAAUGUCCGCAAGUUGGUUUCGCUGCUCCUGUCGAUCUAUCUCUUUGGGAAUCAUUUGGCUAGGGGUGUCUUGGGCGGCGCGGCUCUGGUGUUUGUCGGGGGCGGUUUAUAUGGCUUUGAGGGUGCACGUUUACGAAGCGUUGCCAAAAAGGCUCAGUGA